AUGAUAGCCCAAGGUAUCCUCUUCGAAAUGAGAGUCAAAUCAACGCUACCUAUUCCUGUUAUGAUGCAAGUCAUUUUUAUAAUGUUAAAUGGACAACAAUUGAACCACCGUUCGAAUGAAGUAAAUGGUCCCAAGCGUUUCUUUUCUUACCUUGAUGAAUCACUUUCGGACUUCUCGCAUAUAUUCAACAACGUUAGGCUUAUAAUCGCUGCAAGUACGACUUUUCUAUGUUUAACCGCGAAAAAUGUGGAAAAAGUACGAGAGUUAAAUAACGGAACAAUUGUUCAAGGUGUUACUGGCGGUAGUCCAUUAUCAACAUUAAUCGGUUUCCAUCCCGUUACAUCUCUGCCCAAUGAUAUCAUGCAUGAUUAUGCCGAAGGCGUUUGUCCACUUAUCAUUGUCGCGCUGCUCAAGAAAGCAUCAACGAAAAGGUUAUUCAGUUAUCGUCAAGUCGAAGAAAGAAUAUCAACGUUUGAAUAUGGCACGAAUGAUGCCACAAACACACCUCCAGCCAUUCGAGCAAAACAUUUGGCAAAACACAGUAUAGUUGGCAGCGCUAGUCAAAAACUAUGUUUGUUUCGUUUGUUUCCCAUUAUAUUUUUUGACAUUAUCGAACACCUCGAAAAAUUCGAAUUGUACGUCGUAUUGCGAGAAAUUAUUAAUUAUGUUUUCGCUUUACCGUUUCGUCGCAGUUGGUUAGCCUAUUUAAAUACACUUACAACUCGGUUUCAGUGUUUAAUGAUUCAUCAUUUACCGGAUCGUGUAAUACCCAAAAUCCAUUUUACGACGGAUUACUCCAGAUUAAUUGAUAUGCACGGUCCUCCGAUUCGUGAAUAUUAUCAUGUAAUUGACGAAAGCUCAUGCACAACGUCUGUAAAAAUUAAUCAGUUAUGUCAUGAAAUACAAGUACUAUUGUCUGAAAAUAAUCGAGAUUUGAAUGGUGAAACAACAAUCUUGGAAUAUAAGACAUUAAUUCAUGAACAUGUCACCUAUUCAAAAGGCUCUGUCUUUGUCGUAAAAAUUGAUCAUGAAGAAGAAGUUCCUUGUUUUGUUCAUUUACUCCAUAUAUUCAAAAUCGACAAUACUUGGAAACUUAUAGUUGAACAUCUUCAUACUGUGGCCUUCGGUGAAUCACUUUGGGCUUAUGAAAUUGAACAAACAAGUGCCCUGUGUUCAAUGGAUCCUAACGAAUUGAUCUCUCUAUUACCAAAAGCUCUGGAUAUUUAUUUUCUGAAAGAACAAAUCGACACCAAUAAACAAGAAAUUAAUAGAAUUUAUUCAUUGCCAGUUUUACCUGAAAAAGUACAAUUAGCUAUUGAUGCUAAACAAACACAAACUUUUCGUGGGCAUACGAAUCAUCGUCGAUUAUUACUAGAUGCUAUAUACAAUGAUCUCACAAAGAAAUAUGCUCUGUUAUAUCCGUCAUCGUUCGAUUAUAAAAUCGUGGCUCAAGCAAUACCAGCUGCAUUAGGUAUAGAAUCAACGAAUAAAAGUGGAUUGGGAUACAUUAAUGAAAACGACGAUGGAGACGUUGAAGAAUUAGAGAUGGUAAAGAAAAUGAAAGAAAUGUUACAAAUAGAAAAUCCAGAUGUACAACAGUUGAUAUUAUAUUGGAGGAAAACAUUUCAAUUGAAACGUUUGUUCAUUCGUAACAUAGAAGAACAUUCAAUUGAAGCCGUUCUGGACGAAUAUCGGGGAUUUAAACAGCCGUUUUUGAUUUUCCAGGAAAUUAAAAUGGCGAAUAAUGUCGACGUAGAAGAAAAUGUUCAAAAACUGGCAACCGAUUUACUGCCGAAGUUACCAAAUAAUUCAGAUUUUUUAACCGUACAAGCAUUGGGGCUAUUGUUAUCUUUGUACAAUAUUUUCGAAAUAAAACUUGGUGCCCAUAAUCGUGCUGUACAUCUACUGUAUGGAAUCGUAUUUCAAGAUCCAGGUGUUUUAACAAAACCACUAAGAAUGGAAUUGAAAAGUUGGAAAUUCGAUAUUAAAACUAAACCGAAAAGACGGCCAGACGAAUCAGCUUCUACCCAACUACAGAGAAAAACUCGACGCUUCGAAGAAGAGGGCGAUGAUAUAAACGAAUGGGGUGAUUUGAAUAAUACUCAGAAUGUUAGUUCAGCAACACAACGAACUAGAAUGCAUUGUUCACCUCCUCCUCUUCCAUCCAUAACAACAGAAGAAGAAAAGGGGAAAAACGAAGCAGUACUAUUGCCAUCAUUGUCUCCACAACACAUAAUCAACGUACACACAAGCAACAAUACCGAAUCACAGUUAGCUGCAAACGAAGAAGUCAACGAAACAAUUAACGUCGAACCGUUAUUAUCGAAUGCUCUUGUGACAACUCAAAAUGACAGUCCUGAAAAAUGCGCAGCAAAUAAUGAAAGAUCCAGAUCAGAACCAUCACGUAUAUCAAGACGAUUACAAACAAUUAUUGAUCGAAGUAAAUUUUCAACGAUUGAUCAACUGGAAGAUGAUCAAUCUACAACAAAAACUGUAGAACUAACCAAAGAUGAUAAACAAACAGUGACAAAAGGAAGAAAAAGAAAAGUACCAGUACCACCAGUAACCGAAAGACAGUUACGAGGAAGAAAAUUACGAAAAACAUAG